CUCCAGACCCAAGAAAGAACUAGAGUAGUAUAAUUGAGUAUAAAUGCAUGCAUAUUACAUGGUUUAUUGCGUACUUUAUUGCUAUUUAACAGCAAAGACUCUGAGAAUAUAAACCGAUUCUUCGCGGCGAAUUCCCAGCGUCAGUGAUAAUAAACGAGCAGGACUUUGUUCGCUGGUUUUUUGCACAUUGUGUGCACCUCGUGAUGCAUCACAAACCUCUGCUGUGCAUCGCUCCGAAUGCACUUACUCACGACUCGUCUUUAACAAAGGUGUAGUGGUGUGUAUGUGAGCAUAUGAUGGAGACAAACCUGCGGAAGACCCAAUCUCUGAGGUGUGUCGCCACUGAGCAAGCACUCUCCUGGACGGAGGCGGGACUAAGAGACAGGAAGAAGUCCGUCUCGCAGCUUGUGGCACAGUAUCAGGAUGCAGGUACUGGAAAAACAAAAACAAAAGCAGGUUCAAUGGAAAAUAAGCAAAAGAUCCUCCAGUUUUCUGCUAUACCCAUCACAGGGACCGAGACUAAACUGGACACUCUGAUCCAGAGGAGCGUUACAGAAAAAACAAGUGCUUGGGCUGAUUGGGGUUCCAACUCUCAUCUCACACGCAGUAAGUCCAUGGAGUUUCUUCCCCACCAAAGAACCAUAAGCACAAGUGCCCUCAGGGAACUCUUUGAGUCGAAGGUUGUUCUGCAGCCCAAGAGCGUUCACAAACCGAAGGAUACUGACAAGCCACAAAGCACCCCAGUCAUGGAGAAUGGUGGGAUUGCUUAUAAAAGCACUGAAGAUCUGCUGGUGUUUUUAGAAGCAGGCAACAUCAAGACCGAUAACAACAAGAAACCAGCUGAAUCAACAAAAGAGAAAGGGGACAAUGUGACUCCAAAGGUGUUGAGAGCUCCUCGUGCGGAAAGAAGAAAAACCACUACUGGAGUAUAUAGUGAAAGAAUCCCUCCUGAAACGGACGAUAAACGUAAAUCAAUUGCAGACUUCAGAGACAUCUCUACUCUGUAUGGACGGGAGAAGUUCCCUAUUUCCGUCAAAGCCAUCUCUGCACUAUAUCUGUCAAAAGUGGCAGCUGCAGACCCGACGGGGAACCUUUUAAAACCAACACAAGAUUGUACAUCUCCAACCAAAGCAAAAUCUUUCAAGAUGGCUGAUGUGACACCAAAAGACUUUAAGGAAACUCCAUACCCCGAAGAUGAUUUAGCACAGCUUGAUCCCCUCCUGCAACCCAAUUCAAGGGAUGACAGCCAGUCUCCCAUUCCAACACCCCAUUCAAAAGAGGUUAUCUCGACACUGUAUGAACAACGCCAGAAAUGUGAAUUGAGGCGACUCCUGAAACACACCUGCCCUGAGCUCAAGGGCCUGGGAAACGUGGUAGAGGAAGAGUUUGCUGACAUACUAAACUCCAGCACUGGAACAGAUAUCGCAUACCAGGGUGAGGUUCAGUCAAUGCGCUGGAUAUUCGAGAAUGGUACUGUCAAUGCCGGAGACUCCCACAAGCAACCAAAUUUCAUGGAGAAAAAUGUUCAAGGAGAACAAACAUUUGAAGAUCCCUUGAAUUGCACCAAGCAGGAAACCAUUCAUCCAGACGUUGAUGAGAGCCCACAAAAGGUUGGUGAAACACGUGAAGAAGAAGAGAACUUCAGGGUGAAUGUCAAGGCCAAGCGGAAAAUGUUUGAAGGUCAGUUAAUCGAAACUUCAAGAGAGGACCUCGAUGAUGUUUUUCCAGGAAGGAUUGUUAUCUCAGAAGAUGAAAAAGGAACAGUCCAAAAGCAAAAGAAGGACUUUGAGACAUACCCAACUGACACAAUUAAAAGGAACAGUGACCUCAGCAUUAUAAAUGUUACAGACAUCGAUCAAGAUUGUGGCGAAGUGUAUCAAGGUAUAUCUAGAGCCAAAGAGCUUUUUGAAAAGGGGCUUGACAAUGAGAACGGCUCACCACCAAAUGAGAACUUAAGCAUAGAGGAUGAAGCACUAAAGGCUAAUGUAAAGAACAGAACCCAUAUGUUUGAAUCGACACCACUAGACAAAAUCAAUUGGCAAAACGAUGCAGAAUCAGAUACCAAGGAUGAGAACAUUACCAAAUCAUUAACAUCGCUAUAUGGCUUCAAUGUCGUUCAUUCCCAUGGGGCUCUUUUUGAGGCAAGUGAGGCUGGGCAUGUAAGAAAGGCAAACUACAGCUUUAUCCAGGAAAAGGGUACAGAAAUUCAACAUGAGGAAGUAGUUAUGGGAAGCAUGAAGAGCAUGCUGCUUCAACAUUUGGCAAGGGUCAAUCUUAAUCCAGUUAUUGUGUUCUUAAAAGAGGAUGAUCAAGGAAACGUGGACAUCAAGAAAAUAGACAUACCAACUCACCAGCUACCAUUCACAGUUAACCAAGACAAGGAAUACAGAACCACAAACAUGGUUCAGGUCAUUGAAGACCUACUUGGCCAAGAAACAUGUUCUGGAAAAGGAGUUUUAAUACAAGAACAAGCAGCAGGAUCUGUGGAGACCUUAGUUUACAUUCUUUUUAGGCAUGAAAGCCACGACGGAAUUGUGAUGGAUCAGAAUUAUGAAAAUAUGUUGAAAACAGGAGAAAUUGAUCUUCCGAGAAACUGUAAUACUCUUCCCAAAAUGUGCAGUCCACCACCAUUCACUCUUGAGGAUGCAAUCAGUCAUGCUGAAAACAGGAUGAGCAAGGUGAAACUGUUCCAGAGCCGUAUCCAGAAUGGAGAUCAAGGUUACUUAAAAAGUCUGCAGAAAAGUCCAUCCGGCGAUGAUACAAGUAUCACAUCUAAGCAAGAGGAACAAAAGGUUGUGAUUGCACCAGAAAACUUUAAGAUAACCAAGGCAAUUUUGGUUACAAAUCCAGAGCAUGACAUUUCAUCUGCACAAAAUGAAUUUAAAUCCAAUCUGGAAAUUGGUGCAAAUGAUGCAGAGUUUGUAAAAUGUACUGCUGAAAGUGUAGAACCUGGUAGAUGGUUUUACAAUCGAGAUGAAAAAGACAUGCAUGAGGAAAAAACAGAUGAGUACAUUGUAACUCUGCCUGUGGUCGCAAAAGAUAAAAUGGUGCAAGAUGACGCAUUGUCAAAUCUUCAAGCAGCUAUCGUAAGCCUCCAGCAGGCCACACUAGAGGCAAAAGCUCUUCAAGAAAGUGUUUAUGAGAAGCACCAUGAUACCAAUUCAGCAUCUUCAGAAAACCAAUGCCAACCAGAAGGCAUUAAUAAAGAAGGCAAAAAGUCUUUGCAGAAUUUUGAAGUUGAAGAAGGAAGAGAAGAGACCUUAAAGGGUAGUGUUCAAGCAGCUCUGGAAUCUUUGAAAAAAUCUAGCUUUAAUGUCACCAAAGGGGAUUUUAAAGAUGCAAUGAUUUACCGGAAUGCAGGAAGGACUGAUUCCAGGCAAAAAAUAACAACAAAAAUGGAGACAGAUGUCAAACAAAGUGGUGAUAUGGUUGUCCCCAAAGAAAAGCUCAAGGCAUGCGAACCCUUCCCAAUGCCUAGACAGGUGACUGUUGAGACACAGCAUGAGGGGGUUGAAACUAGACCACUUCAAGGCCAACCUUCAAAUAAACCAUUAGCAUGCUCCCCACUGACAAACCAAACACUCGAACAGGCUUCUCUUCAGAAAAAGACAAUGCCUCCUGGAACUAAGCCACUCAUUCCCCCCAAACCAGACCAUUUAAAAACCACCUCCAACUCCAACACAGUAGCCAUUAACUCUGCAACCAAUGCAGAUCUAAUUAAAACCAGACCUAAAUUAACCUUUGCAAAUCUGAAACCAUUACAAGAAGAUGCAGUGUCGAAAGAACCACAGACUACUAUAGAUGCUGAAAUACUUAGCGGUAGGAUAGUCACCGAAAUACCCACAUGCAGUCCUGAGAAAAAUGUAGCUGAAGAGGAAAAACCAAACCCACUGAUUGAAGUCAGUUCAGGGCUUCAGACUUCCCUGCAGAACUUUGGAAUAAAGACAGGCCAAGCAAUGCCACCUGUGAAGCCCAAAAGGAUCAAAAUGACCACAAAAAAUGUCCCAACUCCUGUAUGUUUGGAGCCUGGUUUUGUUAAGGAGCAACCAAAGAGUAAUGUGAUCAUGAGGGAGAAGAAAGGUCGAAAGAAAGAGAGUGACGCAGAACGAAGGCAGAGGCUGUCAGUGCACAUGGAUGAAAUCAUGAAGGGGAACGUAAAUGCAGCAAUGGAAAUCUUCGACAAGCUGAGAAAGCAAGAGGAGCUGAAAACGAUCCUUUCUAAAGUCGAGGAAAUUGAAGGAGAGGCCAGUCAGGAAGAUGAUGGCCUUAGGAAGAUAUUUGAAAGCGUACCAGAUUGGGUAGUGCCACAAAAACAUGCGAAUCCCGAAAACGGUGUGAUGGAAAAGGAAGUAGGGAGAUCUGGAACAGUCUGUGAAUUGGAAAUGUUGUCCUCCAUGCAGGUAGCAUUUGGAGACCUUGAAAAAGCAAGUGCUGCAAUAAUUUCUUUAAAAGAACAAACACUGUCCCGACUUAUGGAAAUAGAGAAAACUAUUAAGAAAGCACUUUACUCCGUCUCUACACUGAAAUCCGACUCGGACAUUGUAGGGCUGUCUGGUCUUUUCAAAGAGUCCAUGAUGGCUGGACAAUAUUUGCCCAUCUCAGGUAAUAUACGUAAAAUUAGCAUUGGGUCGAGUAAAUCGUCCAAUCAUCAAAGUCUGAAUCAUGUACAAGUCCCUCAGAAGAGUGCAACCGCAGAAUCAGGAAUGCAGAAAGCAGAAAAGUCAGAGCUCAGUCCUCCAGAAACUAAGCCAAGAGCAGGAUCUCCUUCCUCACCUUCUUUUAUUUCUAUUCAAUCCUCUGCCAGGAAGAACCCAGAAACAUCUCCAAAAUCUCAAACUGCUGUAACAGCGCUGACCUGCUACAACAUUCCUGCUGAAAAGGAAAAGCGACAAGUCAGUACGCUGGAAGUGCAAACAGCCCCCAAAGCAGAGACGGUCAUCGGUACCAAGACCAUCAGAGAAAAAUAUGAGGAAACAGAUUGCUUUGGCAACAAGUUCUACUCCUCUACAACCUCUACUGUCAUGACCACACAGCCUGAUAACAAAACAUGCUUCAGGAGACAGAUUGUGACCAAUCCAACCACCAGUGAUGUCGUUGCAAAUCCAUCAAUCAACACACUCUCUUAAAGGAGGCCAAGUAUCAUCAUGAAAAGGGGAAGAUGCAGAUCAUUCGGUUUUCAAAUUUAGUGGAUCUCUUUGUUUGUUUUUGUUUUUUGAUUAGGCUUACAUUCUUCUAAAAGUGUUCCUUAAAGGUUUCCUCAAAGUUCAAGUUAAAGUGACCCUGAAACCUUGAAAACAUCAUUCAAUUGGUUUUAAAUGUUAUUUGUUCGGCAGAGCAACUAGGAUUUUUUUAUCUUCAACUUUGGGGCUAAGGGCCUUGCUCAGGGGAACUAGAUUGGCACUGGGGUGUAAACUUGUGACCUUCAGAUCUAAAGUCCUAUGCUUUAACCACCUUCCCAAUCAAUGUUUGAACGUUAGUUAUUCUGUUGGGUUUCAUAAUUUCCUCCUCAAAGUCUUUCCAGCUGUUUCUGAUGGUUUAGCAGCUGUUAUGCUAAAACCAAAAAGCUAUGCUAUAGGUUUAUACACAGAGUCUCCCAGAGAACCUCUCAAAGGUUCUCCCAGAGGGGCAAAACAAAGACCAUCUAAGGGGCAAAAGGAACCUGUGUGUGGAACCAGAAAGUGUGUCAGUAUUAUCAGUGUUAUAUCAGUGUUCUUCUUCCACAAAAGUACUGUAACUUUAAAAUGUGUAAAAACUCAGUAUUAUGUUUUCUUUAACACAAUGAUGUAAACAGUGAUAUUUGUUAAAUUCGGUUUUCUAAUUCUGUUUCUAAUUCCUGGUUUUUACAGUGACGAACAGCUAUUUGGUCUCUUUUUUGUCGCUCAUCUUAUCCCAUUCCAUAUAAUCGUGUUGUGUUGUGUUAUCAGUCAGCUGAUAUAGGACAUGGUGUACAAUAAAUGUGAAAAUGAUAAUAAAUACUAAUAAACCAAAACUGGCUGGAGAGCCUUGUUACAUUAUGGGCGAUUUCAACCACACUGAGAUGCGUCUUUAAAAUAAAACGGGUCUGUCUUCCAUAUUUGCAGUCAUAUGUACAGUUUAUGGGAUGAAUGUUUGGGGAUGUGUGUGUCCUCUGGUGGACAGUAGGGUAUUUAUGAUGCCUGGUGC